AUGGGCCCAAAAUCACGCAGCCAACAAUACCCAUCCAAACCCACCUGCGUCGCUCAUCCGCAUCAGCAACAUGCGUAUACCGUCAGCGGCGACAAAACAACCACCGUCACCACCACCGCUGCUGUUGAUGCCAAAGAUGAACACCCAGGGCCAGGAUCAGGACUGGAUAUUUUUGGCCUCACACAUGAAGCCAUCGAGAUCUUUGAAUUCUCGCGCAAGUUCCGUGAAGAGAAGCGAGCUGCUCUAGCAGAAGAACGCGCUCGGAUGGUGCGGAGGAGGACAAAACGCCGUCGAUUGACCAGACGAGGGUUUGCGCCGGAUGAGGGCAACAGCGGCUCUGACGAGCCUGAAGGUCUACUCUCGGACGCUGCCGAUAACAGUAACAACAAGGCUGACGACUCGGACGAUAGCAACGGCGGCAGUGGUAGUGAGGACGAGGAUCGUGAAGGGGAGGAUGAAGACGAGGACGCGUUUGUGGUGCAGACUGAGCCCCCGGCGACAGAUAUUGCGUUCUUGACACAGCCGAGUCGGCAGCGUGAUAGGACCCGCCAAAAACUCUAUGGCUUCAAGAAAUCCAACAACAAGGACAAAGAUGUCUUGUCGCCCACGGACGAGACGUGGUCGAUUCGGAUGCUGGAGGCAACGUUGAACCAGGCGUUUAUCGACAGUCUUGGGCCUGAAACCUCAGCAGGAGCACCCACAAAGAGCACAUCGGCAACAGGAGGCCAAAACCACCAGCGGCGGUCACGCGAUUCUGGGAAAGGAACAAGGACCCGGCAACAGAGUCAAGUCGUCUACUGGCCUGGCAUGCCUCUGCGGUGUUAA